ACGUGUUACCAAGUCCUCAUCGACGUCUGAAGCCAUUUUGAUAUAAAACUGGGAAACACCCAGGCUUUAAGAUUGUUUAAUAACCUUGAAUACGUAGUAAUUCCGGUUCCUGGUUUGUGUUUUGUCAGAUUUCUGUCUCUUGCACGAGGCGGUUCAUAUUUUCCAUUUGAUCUAGAGACACUGAUGUGGAAGUGAAAGCAGUCAUUUCCUCGUUUCCUGACGUUCUUGUUUUGUUGCUGCAACGCGAGUUUCAUGUGCUGCCGAGACUCUUCAUACCCCAAAGAGAAGAGGUUGUGAUGCUGGAAUUAGUUUCUGCUUGAAUUCUAUCAGGUCUUCAGACAACAGAUAUUAUGCAAAGGCAACAUUUGCUUUUUGAAGGUAUGUUUACCCCUCAUCCCCGUCUCUCGCCGUGGCUCAUCGUCAUUUGUUAUUGUUUGAUGGGACUGCACCAUGACGUGGCCUCCCAGAAGAAGAUAUCGUGCCAGGUGACAGACGGCAGAGCCGACUGCAGCCACCUCAGCCUCAGAACAAUCCCACAAAACCUUCCCAGGAACAUCACAAGCCUGGAUAUGUCUCACAACAGACUGGUGGGGCUUCCCCCUGCGUCGCUAAACCCGUACACGGGUCUUCUCCACCUUGACGUCAGCUAUAACAGUGUCACCAAGCUAGAUGAGCAUUUGUGCCACACACUGCCCCUUCUGCAGACACUUAACGUGAGACAUAAUGAAGUGCAUCUGCUGAAGAUGGAAGAUCUGAAUCUCUGCAGCAGUCUGAUACAGUUGAAUUUGGCGAGUAAUAGGCUAAAGAUGAAGGGAGAACCCUUCUCUGCUCUAAAGAACCUGGAGUUCCUCGAUGUUUCCACAAACCAGCUGCCAUCAGCCAAACUGGGCACUCAGCCUCAGCUACCCAGCCUGGUGAACCUCAGUCUGGCAUUCAAUGGAUUCACCACACUGAGGAAAGACGACUUCUCAUUCCUGAACCAUUCCCCUUUUCUGCAAACCCUCAAUCUCUCGUCCGUGCCACUAAAAACUUUGGAGCCUGGUUGCCUUGAGCCCAUUUCAGGCCUGCGCACUUUAAUCUUGGAUGGGAGCAAAACUGACAGUUUGUUUAUUUCCAAACUCUGCUCGGAGCUGGCAGGGACAUCCAUUGAUGUCUUCUCUCUUCGGAGGACGACGCUAGUAACGCUCAAAAACACAACCUUUGCAGGACUGCAGAAAACAAAUCUGACCUUUCUGGAUUUGUCCCAGAAUGGCAUGGUUACAAUUGAGGAUGGCUCAUUUCAGUGGCUGUCCAAACUUCAGACUCUAAUUUUGGCCGACAACACCAUCAAGCACCUUACGAAGUACACAUUUCAAGGCCUCCAAAGUCUGAAACAACUCAAAAUGACAAAAGCUCUGGUGAAAGGUCAUGCCCCCCCGAUCAUUGAUGAUUUCACUUUCCAACCGUUAAGCUCCCUAGAGAGUUUAAUAUUACAGAGAACUGCAGUGAAGGAAAUCACAGAGCACACAUUUACAGGCCUGACAAGUCUUAAAGAGAUCGACAUGAGUUGGGCCAGUUACUCAUCACUCAGAAUCAUCACCGACAAGACCUUGGUUUCACUUGCGGGAUCUCCUCUCAGAAUGUUGAAUCUGACUGGAACAGCUAUAGCAAAGAUUAAUCCUGGAAGCUUCUCAUUUUUCAAAAACCUCACCAUUCUUCUUCUAGAUUUUAAUUUCAUACAGCAAACGCUCUCUGGAAAAGAGUUUGAAGGCCUAAAUCAGGUCCAAGAGAUUCACAUGACCUACAACCACUGGAAAGUCAGACUGUGCUCCACUUCAUUUGUUAAUGUGCCCAAUCUUAGAGUCCUGACUUUGGGGAAAAGUCUUAAUAACACAGCUGUGAACGUGGACGUGGAUCCCUCACCAUUCAAGCCCUUGUCCCACCUCACAUUUUUGGAUCUUAGUAACAACAAUAUCGCUAAUAUCAGAGAGAGCAUGUUGGAUGGACUUGUGAACCUGAAGGUGCUGAAGCUCCAACACAAUAACUUGGCUCGCCUGUGGAAGAGUGCCAACCCAGGCGGGCCAGUGAUGUUUCUCAAAGGGGCACAGAACUUGAUGACCUUACAGAUGGACAGUAAUGGGCUGGAUGAAAUCCCAGAGGGGGCUUUGAGGGGUUUGAUUAACCUCAGUGAACUAAGCCUCUCAAAUAAUCUCUUAAACAACCUGAAGGACUCCAUUUUUGAGGAUCUGAUAUCAUUGCGGGUGUUACGUCUACAAAAGAACCUGAUUACAGCUGUGAAGCCUGAAGUGUUCAAAACUCCAAUGAGCAACCUCAGCAUACUUGUCAUGGACAAAAACCCCUUUGACUGCACAUGUGAGAGCAUCCUGUGGUUUGUGACAUGGCUGAAUAGCACAAACAGGACAUUUGUGCCUGAUCUCACGGACCAGUAUAUGUGCAACACUCCACUUGCUUACUAUAAUCAUUCAAUCACGAUGUUUGACACACUGUCUUGCAAAGAUAUGACCCCAUUUCAGACUCUUUACAUAUUGAGCAGCACAGCUGUCAUGGUGUUGAUGGCAACAGCGUUUCUGGUGCGAUUCCAGGGCUGGAGAAUUCAGUUUUAUUGGAACAUACUGGUCAGCCGCACGUUGGGAUUUAGUGAUGCCAAUGCUGAAGAGAGCAGGGAGUUUGAGUUCGAUGCCUACAUCAUACACACAGAGGAAGACAAGCGCUGGGUGGACAGGAUGAUAGUUCCCUUAGAGAAUGAAAAUUGCAGCUUUUACUUGGAGAAUCGAGAUGCCAUCCCUGGAAUGCCACAGCUGAAUUCCAUCGUGGAAAAUAUUAGAAGGUCCAGGAAAAUCGUGUUUGUCAUCUCUGAAAGUCUUCUCAAUGAUCCCUGGUGUCAAAGAUUUACAGCCCACCAUGCACUCCACCAGGUCAUUGAAGCCAGCAGGGACUCUGUGGUCCUGGUCUUUCUGCAGGAUGUGCACGACUACAAGUUAUCUCGCUCACUCUUUAUCCGCAGAGGCAUGUUGCGCUCGUGUUGUAUCCUGGAGUGGCAUUGCCAUAAGGAGAGGAUAGCCGCCUUUCACCAGAGGCUCCUCAUAGCACUAGGCAUGACUAAUCGAUUAAGGGAGUGAUUGUUUUUCAAUGGUAAUAAUGAAAAUUUAUUAUUAAUAAUAAUAAUAAUAAUAAUAAUAAUAAUAAUA